AUGGCAUCAUCUUUGGAGGAGCUUCUUGCAGAGGAAGGGUUUAGAGGAAGAAGAUCCGUCACGAGGCCAAGAUCCUCCAUCAGAUCAGAAGCAGUCAGUAAGACAGAUUCUCCAAUUAGCAACAGAGUUAAGACUGAGAGAACAAGGUCUGAUACAUCUCGGUACAACUUGAGAGGUGAAUUGUCGAGAAGUGAUAGUACUACGGGUACGAGGCCAAGAGAUUAUCUUGUUAGAAGAGAGAAACUAAAGGGUGAAUUAAAGAAAGAAAAUAAAGAAAGACUUGAAGGAAUAGGUUCGAGUGACAGGCACGAGGAUAGAUGGUUGAAUAUCAAUUCCUCAGAAGAGUUUCAGGGAAAUGAGAUUGUCGAGGUUGGUGUGGAAGACAACGAGAGAGUAAAGGAUGCAUUUUCUAAUGAAGUGCAUAGCUUAGGGAGAAGAGAUAAGAGGCAUAAUAACGGUUUUAAUAAACCUCUGCUUGGACGAAGAAGCUAUAGCGAUAAUCAUCGCAACAGCGAGAAGCAGCGGGACACCGCUUCUGACAAGGCUGAUAGAGGUUCACAGAAUAGCAAAAGCUUCGAAGAUGGCACCCAGCGUCAGAAGCACAAUGAUUUGGUACCAACAGUUUCUCAUCCCGCUCUUGAUGAAGUUGCUAUUCAAGCCAUUGUAUCCAUCUUAAGUGGUUACAUUAAACGUUUUCUCCAAAAUGAAGAAUUCCGGACUGCCCUUCAUCACAACUGCUUCUCCUCCCUUAACUUUAUUGGGCUUGAAGACCAAAAUAAUGAGAGCAAAGUCAUUUUCAACCUUGAACAAGCCAUUGAGAUGGUAGAAAAAGCUGUUGCAGACUCUGCAGGUCCAAAAGAAUUGAAAAAAGCUUCAUUGCAGCUUAGUGUGAUAACUGGCUUGAAUUCAAAUGAUUUGAAGAGUGGCUUCACAUGUGGGGUUCCUAAUGCUAUGCUCUCAGCAUGUGCUCACCUUUACCUCAGUGUGAUCUAUAAGCUACAGAAGAAAGACAGGGUUUCAGCGAAGCAUAUAUUGCAGGUGUUUUGUGAUUCACCCUUUCAGGCCAGGAGAAAUUUGUUGCCUGAACUGUGGGACUAUCUAUUUUUUCCACAUCUUUCACAUCUGAAGGCUUGGUACAAUCAGGAAGCUGAUUCUCUAUCAGAUGCACCAAGCAGGGAAAGGAAACUGAAACUUCUUGAGAAAGUGUAUAUUGAUAUUUUGGACUCUAGCACUUAUCAGUUAGCUGUAUAUUACAAGGAUUGGCUCACAGAGGGGGUUGAAGCUCCUUCUUUUCCUUCCAUCCACAUUCCAUCUGUAUCAGUUGGAAAAUUUCUGCAGGACGAUUCACUUGCUCAUUCUCCGCAGCUAGCUAGUCCAGCUGGUCCUUUCUCACCUCAGCCAAUGGUCAGUAAAAAGUUAUAUGAUGCUGUAUUUGGCCGAUCCAUUAAACCUGGACUCGAGGAAGCUGAAGAUAAUGUGGAGCCACAUAACUAUGAAACUUGUAGAAGAAGCUCUGAUGGUGAUACUGUUGACAUUAAACAAACAUUAACAUGCUCUUCUGAGGCAAUUAAACAUCCAUAUCAAGAUAAUGGUGAAGCUUCCUCCAAAAGUCCACAGGAUGAUGCAUCCUUUCUUGAAGAUGGCACCUCCUCAACAGCUGAGGAAGAAUGGAGACUGCCAGGUCUGAGUAUGCAGCAGGAAAAAGAUAUCCAUUGUACCAAUAACCGCUCCAAAGCUGAUAACAUAUGGCAAACAACCGCACAGGAUUUUGAUGUGCUACAUGCACCAGUUCUUUUAAUUGCCAAUGAACUCAUGCUCAAGAGGCUAGCGAAGUCUGUGUUUGAGCCACAACAGACUGAGUGCCAAGUUGAUGCUACUCUUGAAGGUCUUCCAAAUCCUAGUGAGAAGCUGAUCCACAACUCUCUUGAAAAUCCAACUAAAGUCAGGUCUUCUUUUGAAGAGUUGCAUGAAAGUUCCAGAUUUUUUGAUGAAGAAUCCUUACUCUCAAGCAUACCCCGGGACUUUAUUUGCCCUCUGACUGGAAAGUUGUUUGAGGACCCAGUAACCCUUGAGACAGGUCAAACCUUUGAGAGAGUGGCCAUCAAGGAAUGGUUUAAUCAGGGAAACAGGACUUGUCCAGUAACAGGAAAAACGUUGGAAUAUCUGUCUGUGCCGCUCACCAACUUUAUUUUGAACCGUGUUAUUGAUAGUUGGAAAUCGGAGAAUUGUAGGCAUACUUUGGCAUUGGCCUUUCUAAUAGUUGGGAAUUCAAGAGAACCUGGGUCACCAAGUAGGGGUGAAAGAGCGACAUUCAUAUUACAGCAACUUCUUACCACUUUAGGGAGAGAAGAAAGAAUUAUGAAUACCAAACACCUUAUUUCUCUAGGAGGUUUGCCAUUUCUGAUUCAAAGGUUUGAAUCAGGAAAUUUGAAGGAGAAAACACGUGUUGCUGAACUUCUCUCUUGUUGCAUUGAAGCGGAUUCAAGUUGCAGAUAUCACAUAGCAAGGGAUAUUAACAAACAAUGUCUGGUUGAGCUGAUUUGCAGCAAACAGGAUAAGCCAAGGGGAAAUGCAGUGUUGUUACUGACAGAACUGAUAUGCUUGAGCAGGAGGAAAGAUGUCCCACUACUUUUAAGUGACUUGAAGAAUGAAGAGAUCGUGAACACGAUGCAUGCUCUUCAUGUCUAUCUCCAAAGUUCUCCUCCUGCACAAAGACCCUUGGUUGCUACACUUUUAUUGAACAUAGAUCUUCUGGUAGAACCUCGAAAGUACAGCUCAUACAGACAGGAGGCCCUUGAUGUCAUUACAGCAGCACUAGAUAGCGGCUUAAUUGAUGAAGAGGUUCGAGAAAAAUGUUGCAGAGCACUACUUAUCUUGGGAGGACGUUUUUCUUUGUCCGGGAAGUUAUUGACAGAGGGUUGGAUUCUAAAGCUAUCCGGGUUCAAUGAUGGUCGUGAGGUGAACUCUAUUGACAAAGAAGAGGACUUACAUAUUGGUGACACUAUUCGAUUGAAUGCAGGGGGCUGCUAAUGACAAUUAUAGAAGAGAUUACGAUUCCUCUUAGAAGCCUUGCUGAUGUAACAUGGACAGCAAAGCAGCUGUAUGGCAUAACUUGUGGGACAGACCUAUAAUCUGACAUGGAGGAGAUGCUGCUUCACAAUUUCACAAAUUUGCAGGCAUUUAAUAAUAAUCUUUUCUAGGUAAAGGACACUACUCAGACUUCUGCAAGAUCAAAUGACAUCCCUUGAGGUGAUGAUUGCAACAUGAUAUUUCUCUUUCAUAAAUGCCAAAUACUGCUUCAAAAAUUUUGUUCUCUAAUUGAUUCUUAGAAGAAUUAUAGACUGUAUCGUAAUCACAAGUUACGGAAGGGACUAUGACGUUGUCAAAUCUACAAAGACUCUUCUGGUGAUUUCAUCUUCUCUUCUAAACUGGACAAUU